AGAAGAGCGAGAAGGCAAAGAGAGAAACCGAGAGAAAGUGUGAGAAAGAGCGAGGAAAUUCGAACCACUUUUCCCUCUCCCUCUUCACUUUCGCAUUCUCUCUUUCUCUUCAUAGAAGUUCUCUUCAAAACCCUUGUGUCUGUUUCUUCCUUCCUAUUCUCUUCCCUGAGAAUUCGAUCAAGUUAAAUUUUCUUUAAAUAUAACCAAAAUUCUUGAAAUCUUUGUUACGUUCAGUAUAGUUGGAUGGGCUAUAUUGGAUUUUUGGGGUAGGAUUUGAAAUUUGGAUUUGGGGUGGUUUUAGCCGUCGGGAUUUUCUGGGUUCGUUGCGGUUUGUGUGAUAAAAAUGGCAACAGAGCAAGCUUUGUCUUUCUCCAUAGCUUCAGUGGUUGAAGAUGUUCUUCAACAACAUGGUACCAGAUUGACUGAUCGUUUGGCUUCGAGGAAGGCUGAGGAAGCUUCUUUGAGAAGAUAUGAAGCAGCCGGGUGGCUCAGAACGACGGUUGGAGUUGUUGGGGGUAAAGACUUGCCAGCCGAGCCUUCUGAAGAAGAAUUCAGGCUUGGAUUGCGAAGUGGGAUAAUUCUUUGCCAUGUUCUUAACAAGGUUCAGCCCCGAGCUGUGCCAAAGGUGGUUGAGGGCCCGGGUGAUUCUGUUAAUGUUCCUGACGGGGCAGCUCUAUCGGCAUUCCAGUACUUCGAAAACGUUAGAAAUUUCCUUGAUGCUUUGGAAGAAUUGGGGCUUCCGACCUUUGAAGUAUCCGAUUUGGAAGAGGGAGGGAAAUCUGCGAGGAUUGUAAACUGUGUUCUAGCACUCAAGUCUUAUAGUGAUUGGAAACAAGGAGGUGGAAACGGAUCAUGGAAACUUGGUGGAAAUUUGAAACCAGCUACGUGCGGGAAACCCUUUGUACGAAAAAUUUCGGAACCAUUUAUGAAUUCUUUUUCAAGGACCUUAUCGUGUGAGAAGUCUCUAGAGAGUUUGUCUGGUGAUCUGUCUUCAUAUGGUGAUCACAGUCAUGACCUCAAUGAAACAGGUUCAUCUCGUUCCUUAAAUGUGCUAGUCCGUGAAUUUCUUUCUAAUAGGAAACAAGAAGACAUUCCACUUGUUGUGGAAUCUAUGCUUAGUAAAGUCAUGGAGGAGUUCAAGCGCCGAUUUGAAGGCCAAAAUGAACUGACGAAAACAACUGUGAAAGAUAUCUCAGUAUUUGUCCCUGACAAUUCUCUUUCUGAAACGAUUUCUGGUGAUAUAAAGAUGGAAGAAAAACCUACUACACAAGAUAAAGAGGAGGAAUGUCAUGAUCGGAUGUGUGAUCUUGAUGAGGGAUCAAAAAGUCAGCUUCUCAAUCAGCAUAAGUUGGUAGAACAACAACAAAGAGACAUUCUGGAACUGAAACACAUUCUUCAUAGUACAAAAGCAGGCAUGCAGUUUUUGCACAAUAUGUACCAGGAAGAAUUCAACUAUCUAGGUAAGCAUCUGCAUGGUCUAGCUCAUGCUGCUUCCGGAUACCAGAGAGUUCUUGAAGAAAACCGCAAGUUAUACAAUCAAGUGCAGGACCUAAAAGGGAACAUUCGGGUAUACUGUCGAGUGAGGCCUUUCCUGACUGGGCAACCAAACCGUUUGAGUACUGUGGGUCACAUAGAGGAAGGUAAUAUUACGAUUGGCCCUUCAAAAUAUAGCAAAGAGGGACGGAAAUCAUUCACUUUCAACAAAGUAUUUAGUUCGUCUGCAACCCAAGGGGAGGUAUUUUCAGACACCCGGCCUCUGAUUCGGUCUGUUCUUGAUGGUUACAAUGUUUGUAUCUUUGCUUAUGGCCAAACGGGAUCAGGGAAAACUUAUACUAUGAGUGGACCUAAAGAGCUCAGAGAGGAAUCCCUAGGUGUUAAUUACAGGGCAUUGGGUGACCUAUUUCUUCUCUCAGAACUUAGGAAAGAGACCAUGUCCUAUGAUAUUUCUGUUCAGAUGCUUGAAAUCUACAACGAGCAAGUUAGGGAUCUGCUUGUGACAGAUGGUCUCCACCAAAGAUUAGAAAUUCGUAACAGCUCUCAGAAUGGAAUCAAUGUACCUGAGGCAAACCUCGUAACCGUAUCGUCAACAUCUGAUGUAAUAACUCUGAUGAACCUUGGGCAAAAGAAUCGUGCGGUGGGUGCUACAGCUAUGAACGAUCGGAGUAGUCGUUCUCACAGCUGCCUUACAGUUCAUGUUCAAGGAAGAAACCUGACAUCUGGAUCUAUUCUUCGUGGCUGUAUGCAUCUGGUUGACCUGGCAGGGAGUGAAAGGGUUGACAAAUCUGAGGUGACAGGAGAUAGAUUAAAGGAGGCACAACAUAUCAACAAGUCUCUUUCUGCUUUAGGAGAUGUGAUUUCCUCCCUUGCACAAAAGAAUUCACAUGUUCCUUACAGGAACAGCAAACUCACACAACUUCUCCAAGAUUCACUUGGAGGGCAAGCAAAGACACUCAUGUUUGUUCACAUAAGUCCAGAGCUUGAAGCUCUGGGAGAAACAAUAAGUACACUCAAAUUUGCUGAAAGGGUUUCCACUGUUGAGCUUGGUGCUGCUCGGGUUAACAAAGAUGGUUCAGAUGUGAAAGAGCUUAAGGAACAGAUUGCUAGCCUUAAAGCAGCCUUAGCAAGGAAGGAGGGAGAAACAGAGAGUCUUCAUCAUGCUCUAUCUCGCAGUCCAGAAAGAUUAAAAAUGAAGUCAUGUGGAUCUUCUCCUCACCAUCCUAGUUGGAGAAGUGUUGGAGAUCUGUCUGGGGUUCAGAGGCAAGUAAUGGAGGAUGUUGGUAACUUAGAGGGUCAGAAUAAGUCUGCAGUAAAGCCAAAAAGACAUAGCUUAGAUCUCCAAGAUAUAUUGACGAAUUCACCUUCCUGGCUACCUGUUGGCAGUCCUGGGCUGAAUGGAAAGGAGGAUGACAAGGAUUCAGUUUCUGGCGAUUGGGUUGAUAAGGUUAUGGUGAACAAGCAUGACGGUACAAAUGGAAAUGAAAACCCGGUGGAUUGUUGGGAAGUAGACAAGAGACAGUCGCCUGAGAUGUUUGGUCAGAGUUAUCUCCCAGUUCCUUCAAAAAUAUACCCAGAACAAGCUUUCAAUAACUUAAUAACUAAACCAAAGGGCAGCCAGGACUAUGAUGUGCCGAACGGUCAGUAUGAAACGGCCACUGAUGACUCUGAUGAGCUCGAGGUUGCAACUAGUGAUUCCUCAGAGCAAGACAUGCUUUGGCAACCGAGUCUUCCUAAACCUACCAACAUUCCCAAUGGGUUGGGUUCAAAAACAAAGAAAACAAAUCCCAAGUCAGCAAAGAGCCUAGAAUCGAGGAGCUUAAUUCCAACAUUGAUUCCUUCACCAUCACGGAUCAAACCACCCAAUGGGUUUAGUCAGCCUUUGCACAAGCCAGGAAGGCAGGCUAUUCCAGUUGAUGGAAAACGGAAGAAUGGGAUUGCAAAGUGAGAUUACUACUACGGGGUAUUGAUUAAGUUGCUUCAUGAUUCUUUUUUUUUUCCCCUCUUUUUAUGUUUAUUUAUUAUGGAAUUGUAUAGAGAGAGAGAGAGAGGGGUUUUCUAUAUUGAAGGGGCAAUGGUUCCAGUUGCCUGAAUUCUCUGGUGGUGAUCAUGAGAUGUAUGGCACCCCAAAUUCCAUACAAACUGUUAUUUCUAGGCUCAUAAGAGUGUUGAUAUGGAGAACGUUUUUUCCUAUUACAAGGAAGAAAGAAAAGCGUGCAAAGUGAGAGAAAUAUGUUUUACACUUCUACUUGCAUUUGUCAUUUUCUGUUGCUUGUCUUACGACCAAUUCCCAGUUUGCAUGGAAUUUGGGAUAUUGUAAAUUUGUAAUGGAUGAAGAACUAACAAAUGAAAGAACACGGUGAGGUAAAAUGCUAUAUAC